UUGUAGUAUUGAUGGUUUCUACAAGUAUUACUGCGAUGGGAUCGUGGUGGUAUGAACAGGUAGUUGAGUAAGUAUAUCCACUGAAGGCCCAGGCACAACGUGCAUGGCCCACCACUGAUAUUACUGAGCACAAUAUUACUGAUCCACUUCUGAGACAUUUCAGAUCAGUGACAGCAUUUUUCAGCGUUCACGCUCAAUAUCUGCUUUGUAAUGUAUUUACGUAUUGUUAUAUGUGUGUGUGUUUGGGGGAGUCAUAGUUUUGCAACCAAGUAACAUGAAAAGUCACGUGUUGCUGAACAAACGGAAAAACCGCAUACUAUGAAUAGAUGGAUAGACAGAUAGAUGGCUCGAUACAUCCCAUGGGAAAUUGAGCGCUCAGUUGUGCAGCUAUUGUACAUACACACUAGGGAUUAAACGUCAUAAAGUGACAUACCAGGCCGACCUCACGAUCUCUCCUCCUCUGCCACUUCACUUCAUCCCUAAUGAAGUGGUGUACACGUCUAAUUGAUGGUUUUGGGUAGGGAGCACAAAGGGUGUUCAUAGAUGUGAGACUGCAGCACGGUGGCAGUGAGCGAGUGCAUCCACUGGGGGAGGAUCGAGCACCGCCUGCACACUUUGCAACAAGAGCGCCUCUAUCUCGCACUGAGAGGCUCCACCACACACAUACGCACUCAGAUUCGCGCGCGCACGGCAGGGAUACAGGAGGAUAGGUAAGGCUACAGCUGCAGACAGACAGAUGUGUGAUGCUCACAAUCCGCCAUGCAGGGACCGUUUGCAUUCACUGGGGUGAAGGUAAACUUUUGCCCAUCCUCGCAUGCAUUCGCCUCAGCCGUGCGUGGCUGUUAACGAUGUCAUAUCGCCGCUCGCACACCUUUUUAAACCUUUACCACCGCCUGCAUUGAGGAGGGGUUGUGGCGAUGGAGCCGACACAGUGGGCUGAAGUCGCAACAGAUCCUGUUGAAUUGAGACGUCGACACGCAGCAAAAAAGUGCCCUUCUCAGAGUGCGUCAGAGAUCGCAUGGAUGUAGGGAAUGAGGUGGUCGCAGCUUGGCUUCGACAAGGCAUUGGUCAUUUUGCAUCUAAAACUGACGCGGAAAUUUGGAAGUGCAUCUUCACUAUAGCACACUCGUCGCCGCCGGCUGAUACGUCUGGGAGGUGUUUGGUCCAUUUUAACAUACCACAUCACAGGAUAUAAGUCACCGGAACCAUAAUAUAACAGCAAGGAUCCCAUUUUUUUAAUGUCUCUCAUAAAAUGGCAACCGGUAGUAACCACGGCAAGCAGGAUCGAAAGACGCAUGUUGUGGAAUUAACCACCUGAUGGUGACCACAAAAGAUACUGCGUGUGACUCACGAUGCUGACCACAUCAAGGCUUCUGCAUGCGUGUGCGUAACAGGCCGGGCCCCCCACGGCCUUCACCUUUGCUGGGAAAAUUAUGCCAUAAAAUCCUGGGGGCCUGUGUCAAAAGAUUAUUAGUUAUCAUUAAUGAGCGCACACGCAGUAUGGGUUUAACUGAGUGGACUAUUUCGAUCCAAGGCUGAGUGGUUCAUCCCAGCUACAACUUCUUCUACCCUCUGGCCUCCUUCCAGCAUUUUUUUUCGCUCAAGGACGGAACCUUCUGAGUUAAAAUGGAGUUUGCAAUGGUGGGUGCGGACGGCGGGUGCAACAGCCACCUGCCGUACGGAUAUGCCCAAGCCCGCGCCCGGGAGCGGGAGCGAGAAAGGGAGCGCCAGGCGGCCCAGUCCAGAGCGGCUGCAGCGGCUGUGGCAGUCGAGAGCGGAUCCGGAGCGGAUGGGGGAGGUGUCUGCUCUGGGGGGUCCACCUCCUCAUCCACCACCACAACCACCUCCGCUUCCUCGGGCGCGCAUCUCCUUAACAACCGCCAGCAUCCGUCUCGCAGCGCCUCCUCUAACGCCAACAUCAACAGCGGCGGUACCGCCUCGCGCCCCUCCUCCUCCUCCUCCUCCUCCACCUCCUCCUUGUCCUCUCAGGAUCCCGAGAAGCAGAGACUCCUCAGAGAGCGCAAAAAGCAACGCGGCGUCGGACGGUGGAGACGCAGCCGGACCACUCUCGGCGGGGACCUGCGCCACUCCGAACUGGCGCUGCUCGGCUCCGAGGAGGACAUCAUGAUCGAAGAGGAAGAGGGUGCCGAGGAAGAGGAGGAGGACGAGCGUGAGGAGGAGGAGGAGGAGCGCGGAAUCAAGAGGUCCAGUUUUCUGUGCAACAUGGAUGAUGAUGAUGAUGACGACGACGAAACCGUUUCGAUCACUGACAGACGCCCUCAGUCCGGAUAUGCGAAUGUUUACAACGAGUUGGGCUGCUGCGAGAGAGUUGUCAUCAACGUGUCGGGCCUCAAGUUUGAAACUCAGCUCAAGACUCUCACUCAGUUCCCCGACACUCUCCUGGGGGACCCCGACAAGCGCAUCCGGUACUUUGACCCGCUGAGGAACGAAUACUUCUUCGAUCGGAACCGGCCGAGUUUUGACGCUAUUCUGUACUAUUACCAGUCUGGGGGACGCUUGAAAAGACCCGCCAACGUCCCGUUUGACAUCUUCUCCGAGGAGGUAAAAUUUUAUGAACUUGGAGAGGAGGCGAUCCUCAAGUUUCGAGAGGAUGAGGGUUUUGUCAAGGAAGAGGAGAAGCCUCUCCCGGAGGACGAGUUCAAGCGCCAAAUUUGGUUGCUAUUCGAAUAUCCGGAGAGCUCCAGUCCGGCCAGGGGCAUCGCAGUGGUGUCCGUGCUGGUUAUUGUCAUCUCGAUCGUCAUUUUCUGUCUCGAGACGCUGCCCGAGUUCAGGGAUGACAAAGAAUACUUGCAGGCCAGACACAAUUCCACGCAGCCGGACCACGGAUUUACCCCCUUCAACGACCCCUUUUUCAUCGUGGAGACAGUGUGCAUUAUUUGGUUCUCCUUUGAGAUUAUAGUCCGCUUCUUUGCGAGUCCCAGCAAAACGGCGUUCUUUAAAAACAUCAUGAACUCAAUUGACAUUGUUUCCAUUUUGCCUUACUUCAUAACCCUGGGCACUGACUUGGCGCAGCACCAAGGCAACGGGCAACAGGCGAUGAGCUUCGCCAUACUGAGAAUAAUCCGCCUAGUCAGGGUCUUCCGCAUCUUCAAGCUGUCCAGACACUCUAAGGGGCUCCAGAUCCUGGGCCACACUCUGCGUGCCAGCAUGAGGGAGCUGGCCCUGCUCAUAUUCUUCCUCGUCAUCGGCGUCAUCCUCUUCUCGAGCGCAGUUUACUUCGCCGAGGCGGACGAGCCCACUUCGCAGUUUACCAGCAUCCCGGACGCCUUCUGGUGGGCCGUGGUGACUAUGACCACGGUGGGCUACGGGGACAUGAAGCCCAUCACCGUGGGUGGCAAGAUAGUAGGCUCCCUGUGCGCAAUCGCGGGCGUGUUAACCAUCGCGCUACCGGUGCCGGUCAUCGUGUCUAACUUCAACUAUUUUUACCACCGAGAGACCGACAACAACGAGGACCAAGCGCAACCGGUGGUUGAGAGCAUGCCGCCAGGAUGCCCCUACUUCCCGGACUUUUUGCGCAAAUUUAAAGGCUCGCCCUCCGGCUCCUCGCUGGGGGACAAAGCGGAGUAUAUGGAGAUGGAAGAAGGGGUGACGGAGUCUCUGUGCGGCCUGGACAAAAGCCCCAGUAAGGGGAACGGCACAGACAUCAGCAGAAGGAACAGCACGAAUUCAAAAUCCAUUCAGACUGACGUGUGAUUACAAAUAUUUUUUUAAUUUUCUUUUCCUGUUCCCGGAGAAAAUACAAAUAUACCCGACAUCUAUAUUGUUAGCCACCCAAACAAGUUUUACGCACGGGCCAUGAAGCCCCCCAACCCUCCGCCCUCUUCCUCUGCUCCACAAACACGGGGAGGUCGCCAUGGUUACCAGGUGACGCGAUAGUUCCAUGUACAUCUUCCAAAUAACAUUUGGACCAAUUUAUGCCAAAUUCAUUUUUCGAACUCUAGCUGGCUUCCAAAUUACACAUAUAAUUAUAGAAAAGAAGCUCUGCACUCGCACUUUAUGAGUUUCAUCUGUCAAUAGCAGGAAGAGUAUUGAUAGCCAAUUUGCUCUUAUGCAGUAAAGCCUUCUUUUGUUUUGCACUCAAGAGGAGUUUGUGCUGGAUUGACAUGUUUUAGGGGCAAAGAGUGUAGGCUGGCAGACAUCCUUCUAUCAUUGAAGAACAUUAACAUAGACUGCUUAAAACGAGGUGAAAAUAUUCUUAAUCCACACCAAUGAAAAUGACCACCUACCCUAAUUGAAAUGUCAUAAAAAUUCAGCGUAAAAGUUGAUUUACUCUCCUCAAGCUCCGAUACUUAUAUGACGUGCAGCUCAUUGAAAUGGCAGUGCAUUUAGCAAUCUUCACAUAAACCAGGGCUAGAAAUCAUGUUGUGUUGUACAUGUGCACCCACUCUGAGAGCUAAGCACAGGAAUCACCACAUUUAAACACAGCAGGAGGAAGGACUUGUCCCUCCAUGUUUUUAAUGAACAGGCCUCAGCACAUGACGUCAGUCUCCCCAAAUACAUUUACUGGAAGUCACCUCCAAAUGAUAAUAUCCCUUUACGCGGACACAAAUGGAACAUUGAAGCAAAAAAAAAAAAAAAAAGACUCCAUCGAGGAAACUCCUUGUGAGGGAGUUGUGAGCAACUUCCCCACGUUCGCUGGACUUGGUGCACAUUUUUUUUUUUCUCAAGAGGACUAUUACUAUCUCAUCUGGAUGUGGACGUCUUCCAAGCUCUGCCAGUUUCAGGGCGUAAACCCAGCAUCUCUGGAAGUGGCAGGGAACCAACACAGCAUUGUGACCGCGAUGGUGGCUAAGAGCGGACACUGAAGAAGAACAACAGCUGGAGGGGACUCAACAACAAGGGGCGCAUGUGGGGGUGGAACCGCUGCUUUCUGAAAUAGGUAAACAAACCCUGCAGGGUUGAGUCAAUGAAUAAACCGUGGCCCAGAAUGAUUGCCUUAAUUACCACACAUUUACAGAUGUACGAAGCGACGUUGUGAGACUUAGACUACGAUGUUUUCUUAACACGUGGAAAAAAAAUGUCUCGUAAGCAAAAGGUGUGAACAUUUUAACAUGGGAGAGAAUAGUAUUUGGUUUUAAUGUGAAAAUGGCAAGUUUUUUGCUCUGCCUACGUGCGGCCGGCCGUGCGACUUACUGUCUUGCUCUUCUUUGGUACUGUCAUCCAAACAAGGCUGACUUGAGUCGCUCAAAAGCUGGCAACAAAGUUUUCCCCUCGCCCAAGUUGUGUCCUAACGUUACAACUCUCAUUGAUAAAUAGUUUCUAAGGCCGGAAGAUGCAUCGGCGUCACGUCGUCGAGCGCAUUAACAUCCACUUUCACUAAAACAAAGAUGUCAGGCACAUAAACCCGACCAUAAAUAUCUGUCGCACAGCUGCCGUCCCAGAUGAUGGAUGGAACUCUACAGUACUCUAGCCAAGAUUCCCUCUCUGAAAAGACACUACACCUUAGGUUGCUCUCAGAUGAAAACAACAAACGGACCAGCUGCUUUGUUGACUUGUUUCCACUUUUAAGUGUAUGCAAAGUAACAUGAACGUGUGUUCUCUAUUUUUUUAAACCUAGCCUUGCUGAAUACAUAACCAAAGGUGAAACCCCGAAUUUAUUGUAUGUUGUGCUCAGAUGUUGUGUUCUAGAUGCACACCGACUAGGAGACAAUGUACAUAGCCGACGUUUAUACUUGUGCGCCCUGAGAAGUGUUGCAGUCGUUUGAGACUUUCAAAACUUUAUUUGACUGUUAUACGAGCCAUCGAUCACAAUCGUCAUCUGUGUUUGUUUUGCCCUCGAUGAUACAAUCACGUUGCUCAUAUUGUUGUGAAUGCUGCUCUGACACGCCCAAUUUCUUUUUCAAAAAUUUGUCUUUUUUUUUUCUUUUUUUUUUAAAGCAUCGCCCAUCAAAAAGCUAUUAUUUGAAAACACAAGAUUACUAAUGUUGUUUGGGCACUGAGGAAUUGAAUUGUCUCUUAGCACUCUGAUGUUAUUCACUCACAUGCCUGUUUUGCAUUCUGAACUUCUUCUAUUUGGUUUUCUUUUACAUACCGUGUUAAUUAUACUGGCACUUAAAAAAAAACUGGAUUUGGAGCCCAAUAUCUUUUCACCUUUACAGAAAAUCCAAAGUAAACACUACUAGUCUUUAUUUGAACAAUUUCUAUCUGUAAUUACCUCAGUGCUUGUAUCUCGUUUGGGGGGGCUACUCACUGAAUGUUCCUGGUGUUUCCAGAGUGUCAUAAAAACUUGUAACCAUACAGGAUAGCCACACUAGUUUUACAAUUGAUGUCAGUGGUUGUUGUUGUAAAUUACCCUACAAGGAGGAUGUUUUUUUUUUAUUGGAAAAUAGAGUGACUGUUUAUCUUGUCACUUCAGUUGAUUUAACAGCAGAGUCUCUGGAUUAAAAUUGACAGAGUCGUUUCUUGUUUGGAACAAAAAA